AUGAAAGUGCGUCAUGACGUCGGCGGGUCGUUAGUUUUCCCUCCUCGUUGAUGAAGCUAUGCUGCUAGCUUGAUGUUGAUGUUCAGCUGAAGAUUCUCUCAUCCUUCAGACUCCGCAGCGUCUUCAUUACUACUGAGGGAGGAAGAACCAACACCUAGAACACAGUUGUUAAAGAAGACCUAUGCGGUCCUGCUAGCAGGGCAAGAUGUUCAACAAGUCAUUUGGUACUCCCUUCGGUGGAGGGACGGGAGGGUUUGGCACCGCAUCGACCUUUGGACAGCAAAACACCGGUUUCGGGACAGCGGGAGGCUUCGGGACGUCUGGGUUCGGGGCUGCCCCAAACACCGGAGGACUGUUUGGUCCCACACAGACUAAACCAGGUGGUCUGUUCGGGUCCAGCACCUUCAACCAGCCGGCACCUUCCUCCACCAGCACUGGCUUCGGUUUUGGUGCAGCGACUGGCACUUCGACCGGCCUGUUUGGCAACACCGGAACAGGCGCCAGCGGCGGACUCUUCUCCCAGCCGAACAAUGCUUUCGGUGCCCAGAAACCCACCUCGUUUGGAAGCUUUGGGACGAGCACCAGCAGUGGCGGGCUGUUCGGGUCGACCAACACCGCCUCCAACCCUUUCGGCGGAGGCGGUGUUGCCUCCCUGUUUGGAGGCUCGGGGUUCACCGCCCCACAGCAGCAGCCAGGAACGACCGUAAAAUUCAAUCCUCCGACAGGAAAUGACACAAUGGUGAAAGCAGGCGUGACCACCAGCAUCAACACCAAGCACCAGUGCAUCACGGCCAUGAAGGAGUACGAGAACAAAUCCCUGGAGGAGUUGAGGCUGGAGGACUACCAGGCGGGCAGGAAGGGACCGACCAACCCGAUGGCUGCUGCGACGGGCGGCCUGUUUGGUACAGCCGCGGCGACGUCCAGCGCCGCCACCGGCCUGUUCGGCUCCGCCGCCCCCAACAGCAACUUCUCCUUUGGACAGAACAAGAGCACCUUCGGAGCAGCACCAGCUGCUGGCAGUUUCGGUGCGACCGCAGGCGGUCUGUUCGGUCCGCAGGCCACGCAACAGGCCAGCAGCCUCUUCAAGCCGUUCGGUGGUCAGGCCACCACCACACAGAGCACUGGCUUCUCCUUCGGCAACACCAACACGAUGGGACAGGCCAACACCGCCAGCAUAGGUUUGUUUGGGAACACGGCGGCGCCUCAGACGGGCGGGCUGUUCGGCACGGCUCAGACGAGCGCCGCCACCGGCUUUGGGGCGAGCACCGGGCUGUUCGGCCAACCCAACACUGGAUUUGGAAACGUCGGCACACAGCAGAGUUUAUUCGGUAAUAAGACCGCCGGGUUCGGCACCACCACCACCAGCGCCCCAUCCUUUGGCACCGGCACCGGGCUGUUCGGCAACAAGCCCGCCCUCACGCUGGGGACCGGAACCAACACCUCCACCUUCGGUUUCGGUGCAAACCCUGCUGCAGGGAGUCUGUUUGGGAACAAGCCGGCCACUGGAGGACUGGGGACUGCUCUGGGAACCACCUUCGGAGCAGCAGUCGGUGCAGGACAGGCGUCUCUGUUUGGGAAUAACCAGGGCAAACUGGGCACCACACUGGGAACGAUGUCAUCGUUUGGAGCGUCCCCAUUCAACAGCGGAGCCGGCACCAUGGGCUUCGGAGCGCCACAGCCCGUCGCUCUCACAGAUCCGAACGGGGCGGCCGCCCAGCAGGCCAUGCUGCAGCAGCAGCUCAGCGUUCUGGCGUACUCGCCGUACGGAGACUCGCCGCUGUUCAGAAACCCGCUGUCGGACCCCAAGAAGAAAGAGGAGCGCCUCAAGCCGACCAAUCCGACUGCCCAGAAGGCUCUGACCACGCCCACCCACUACAAGCUGACCCCUCGCCCUGCGACCAGAGUCCGCCCCAAAGCGCUGACGUCGUCGGGGGCCUCCAAGUCGCAGCUCUUCGACGGCCUGGACGACGACGAGCCCUCGCUCACCAACGGAGCCUUCAUACCCAGGAAGAGCAUCAAGAAACUGGUGCUGAAGAACCUGAACAGCAGUCAAUACAGCAGUCCAGUCAGCAAGGAGACCGACGACCUCGCUUCACCUCCAGAGUACCCACAGAACGGACACAGUCAUAUGGAGGAGGAGGAGGAGGUGCCGGGUCCCAGCAGCCGGCCAGACGACGACCUGGAGGUCACCCAGUUCUACGUCAAUCCCAUCGCCAAGCCCAUCCCGCAGGGCCGCAUCCAGACCAGCCUGCAGGACACCAUCAGCGACCUCAACAUGCACAAACCGGCCAGGAACGGCGGACUGGAGCUGAGCAGCGAGGACGUGUCGGCGUCUCUGGGGGACGAGUCUCUGCAGGAGGACCGAGAGGAGGAGCAGCAGGAGUCCCAGCAGUCUCCUCACCCAGCAGGCGUUGUUCUGAACCGUGUUGGUUAUUACACCAUCCCCUCCAUGGAGGAUCUGGCUGAGAUGGUGGACGACAACGGGGAGUGUGUGGUGGACAAUUUCACCGUUGGCAGGAAAGGCUACGGCUCCAUCUUCUUCCCCGGCGAGGUAAACGUGACGGGACUGAACCUCGACGAGAUCGUCCACUUCAGACGCAAAGAGGUCAUCGUGUACCCGGACGACAAAAACAAGCCACCGGAGGGGGAGGGGCUAAACAGGCGAGCGGAGGUGACUCUGGACGGCGUCUGGCCGAACGACAAGACGUCCUGCACUCAGAUCAGGAGCCCCGAGCGCCUGACUGAGAUGAACUACGAGGGUCGGCUGGAGAAAGCCUCUCGCAAACAGGGAGCCCGUUUCCUGGAGUACAGAACCGAGACCGGAUCCUGGGUGUUCGAGGUGGCCCAUUUCUCCAAAUAUGGCCUCCAGGACUCCGACGAGGAGGAGGACGUCCCGCCCAAAGCCGACCCUAAGAAGCUGAAGACGAUGAUGUCACUUCCUCCCUCCAGGCUGCAGCAGCAGCUUCCCCCGUCCCAGCAGCAGGUGGCGCCACAGGCUCAGUCCACCGCCGUCGUGGAUCUUCCGGGCGGCGUUGCGGAGUUGGACAGCGACAUGGCCGACAUCACCCAGAGCUUCCCGACAGAGAGCAUGCUGGGAGCAGAGGAAGACGGCGACCUGCUGUCGUCGGGGGAGAUGGACGCGACGGCGGGCGGGAAGCUGAUCUCCGCGGAGCACGACGGCGUCUCUGCGUCAGGCCACAUGGCGUCCUCGCUGGGGAUCAACCCGCACACCCUCCAGAUCAUGAAGGCGUCUCUGUUCGCUGAGGAUGAGGAGGAGAGCGACAUGUUUCAGGAUCAGGGAGCGAUGAAGGUCUCCACUGACGUCUCGUCGCCUCGCCUCGUCCUACCGGGAGCUCAGAGCCGACCCUCCGUGGGCGGUCUCCUUCAGGCUCGUUUUACCUCCGGCCUCUUCUCUCAGCUGUCAGACUCUUCUCGUCCUCCUCUUCUUCUUCCUCCUCUGUCCCGGGGGUCUCCGGGAGCUGUCGAACCCCCCCGCUCCUCACACUGGGCGGGGCCGGGCCCCUCGUCCUUCCUGCUGCCCCCCCGGACUCCAGAGCCUUCGGUCAGGACGGUUGGCGUCCGGCGGCUGGGCGGGCCCGUACCUCUCAAGGAGUCGGUCACUCAGGGGAAGGGGAGUUUGUUGAUGGACGCCGGGCUGUUUGCGGGGCGCUCCUUCCGGGUCGGUUGGGGUCCCGGCUGGACGCUGGCACACUGCGGCCACCGGCUGAGCUCGCCGCCGGCCAAACGACUCGACCACCGCGAACUGACCAAAACUGACUUCAGCUUCCUGCCAAAACCCGCCAGGAGCAAACCGCUGACCGAGAGCCCCUAUAAGGUGGUGUUGGAGCAGCUGGUGGGUCUGGAGCCGCCGGCGCUGAAGACCAGCGAAGAGGAGGAGGAUGAGGAGAGCCAGGCGGUGCUGCAGCGCCCUCUGGACAUCUGUCUGAAGCACAGCACCGUCGACACCACGGACGCCUCCGCCUGCCCUCUGGUGCGACCGCAGCCCGGCGUGGCGGCGCUGCACGAGUACGCUGAGUGGAUCACCGAACUGAACGACAGGCAGGGAGACGCAGACCCCGUCCUGGGUUACUGGGCCGAGGUCUGGACCCUGUGCGAGGCCCUGUGGGGCCGGCUGGGCCCCGUCGAUCAGGAGCCAGAAGACGUCGAGGCGUCGUCGCCCAGCGAGUACGAGCAGCAGCUGGAGAGGAGGCGGACCUUCUCGGCCUGGCUGUCCCGCGGAGCCGCCUGCAGGGUGGAGGAGGAGGUGGCGCUGGCGGGGAAGGGUCGCCACAUGGAGGCCAUCUUCAGCUACCUGACGGGCAACCGCACCAGCGAGGCGUGUCGACUGGCGCAGAAGGAAGGAGACCACCGUCUGUCCCUGCUGCUGUCUCAGGCCAUGGGCUCUCAGUACUGCCGGGACCUGCUGGCCCUUCAGCUCGUCGACUGGAACCGCAUGCAGACCGACAGCUACCUGCCCGAGGAACGGCUGCGCAUCUUCACGCUGCUCGCCGGGAAACCUGUGUGGCAGUUGUCCGACUCCUCGGUGAACGUGUGCUCUCAGCUGGACUGGAAACGCUGCGUCGCCGUCCACCUCUGGUUCAUGUUGCCUCCGACCGCCUCCGUGGCCGACGCCCUCGCCAGAUACGAAGCCGCCUUUCAGGGCUCAUGUGAGGGGGGGAAGUACGCCUGCGCCCCCCUGCCUCCGUACCUGGAGGCGGAGCAGCGGGACGUGGAGGAUAUGGAGGAGGAGGAGGAGGAGUCUAAACAGCCGCUGCACGACCUCUGCUUCCACCUGCUCAAACUCUACAGUGACAGACACUACAGCCUGCAGCAGCUGCUGGACCCUCUGACGGUCACCUGGGAGCGUCUGGACUACCGUCUGAGCUGGCACCUGUGGGGCGUCCUGCAGGCGCUGCACUACAGCCACCUGAGCGCCUCGCGGCAGGGACUCCUCCACGCCAGCUACGCCGCUCAGCUGGAGAGCGCCGGCCUCUGGCACAUGGCCGUCUUCAUCCUGCUGCACAUCCCCGACCACACUCAGCGGGAGCGAGCGGUGAGGGAGAUGCUGACCCUCCACUGCCCCCUGCAGGAGACGGACCAGUCGGUCCAGAGGGAGCGCUUCCUGACCGAGAGGCUGCUGAUCCCGGAGCAGUGGAUCCACGACGCCAAGGCCACCCGAGCCCGCCGCGACGCCGACCGCCACCAGGAGGCCCUGCACCUGUACCGGGCCGGGUACUGGAGCCAGUGUCACCGGCUGCUCAUCCAGCACCUGGCCUCAGACUGCAUCAUCAACGACAACCACGACUACCUGCUGGAGUUCCUGGAGGGGCUGGCGGUCCCUGAACACAGCGCCACCAUCCAGGACUGGGACGCGGCAGGGAGGGUUUACCUGGACUACAUCCGGGUCAUAAAGACGCUGCAGGACAUCCAGCAGAUGGAGAACGCCGGUUACGAGUUGGAGCGUCUCUACACCGACGUGACGUCUCUGUGCAGCAGAAUCGAGCUCCUGCCCUGCAGCGCCGCCAGAGACCGCCUCGCCCAAUCAGAAAUGGCGAAGCGUGUGGCCAACAUCCUGCGGGUGGUGCUGAGCCUGCAGCAGGGCGACGCCGCCUCCGACUCCCUCGGCAUCCUGCUCAGCCAGCUGGCGCCGCACAUCACCCGCCUGCCGAUGCCGGAGGACUACACGCUGGAGGAGCUGCGAGGCCUCACGCAGUCGUACCUGCGACAGCUCAUCGUCAGCCAAUGAGAGCAGCGAACAGGAAGACGAUGUUGUUGACAUCAGAUUAAAGUAUAAAGAGGUGUUGCUGCUCGGAACAUCAUGAAAUUGUGAUGCAGAAAGUUUUCCAAAAAAAAAACAAAAGGAGCCGAGGCGAGUUACGGUCGUUUGUUUCCGCGGAGGUUGGAGUUUAUUCUCUUCCGUUUGGACGCCGUCUGUUGGAGAAAACGGACGCGAAGCUCCGAUACGUCAUUCCUCAUCAUCUGUUUGUCGCUUCAGGGGAGAAUUUUAAAAGAUAAACAACAGCAAGUGACACGAAAUUACUCCUAAUUUAAACCAUCAGACCAUCAGAGGUUCUGCACGUUUUAUCCCAUUUAAUUACAAAUCUCAUACUUCAACAUCACAGCGAAACAUUCAGCAAACUAUGUUACCUUCUUUUAGACCAGUGGUUCCCAACAUGGGGUCCAGCCCCUCCUAAAAACGGUCAUAAAACGAUUCCACGGGGUCACAAGCAGAAAUAUUUUUUUCAUCAUGUUUUUAUGUGUUCUGACUUUUCCUCUGGAUCAUUAUACCUCAAAAAAUUAUUUAAUUUAAACAAAGAAAACAUCACUCUUUGGUAGAACUGGUCUCUAGUAGAUUUUCAUACCAUGCUGAAAUAAAUGGGAUGCAGGAAAAAGACCAAAUAGUCACCAAAAUUAAGAAGUACUACAUCAUUUGUAGUAGAACUUGCAAAUGUUAAAAUGACCACUUUUCAGUGAUUUCCAAGUUCUGUUAUUGUUUAUUAUUUUGAAAUUCUCCCCCAAUAAACAGACUUAUUUCCCUCUUUAACAGAGUUUCUUUCUCCCCAUGUUUGAAUAGCGUUUUUUGUAACUGCACUACACUGUGCAUGUGAGCGUGUAAAUGUUCCCUCGUUUGACCUCUGACCCCCAAAGAAAAUUGCCGCGUUAUUGAUUAGCUGACAAAAAAAAAACAUGUUAUAUUUUCAUUCAAAGAUUUGGUUUUAUUAUAUAAGUAAAUAAAAACAGCCGUUAGCUUAGCGUAUAGUGUGACAGUAGCAUCUGUUCAUCUGUCGAUAUGUGAAUAAAGACGAUUAUCUUAAUAUUAAAGGCGAGCGGUGAUGUCGUACAAGCGGGUUCGAUGUGCACAUUUGUUUUGGAGACGACUCAGAGGAAAGCUCAACAUGCAAAGUGUAAAAUGCCGAAUGGUCUAUUUUUGUAGAUUUCUUGUUUUUCCGUUUGGUUUGAAUGUAAAUCAGAAGUGUGUGAUUGUGUGUGUGUGUGUGUGUGUGUGCACGAAACAAACAAACAAGUGUUUAUUUUAUUUUUUUUAUUAGCACUUCAUUACAGUUUGGUUGCCAGAUUUUGUAACGUGAAGAGUUUCCUUCCAAAAACGAGCUGCCAACCAGAGAUUUCACUGCGUGUAAUUAUAUAAAUAUUGUAUAUUUUUGGAAACUCAAACAGGGAAUAUCAGGUCAUUUUUAUUCUCCACCUUUAAUUAUUAAUAAAUUGGAUGCAAAGUGUUUUGGAAAGAAACUCUUCACUUAUUGAUUGAUUGGUCUUUUUUUUUCUUUUUGUUGUAGAUUAACUGUCGGCUUGCCAAGAAUUUGUUUUUCAAAGUAAAAUCAGUUUAGCUGUUUCUCAACAACAGAACGCUCUAUAUGAUGUCUGUUGUUUCUCCUGUGAAACAGUAACUGUGUGUGUGAGUGUUGUUUACAUGGAUGGAUUCUGCUUUGUGCGUGAGUGUGUGUGCAUGUUUCCUGAUGAUUUUGUUGAUAAUAUUUUUUAAUAAAGUCAAGUAGAAAUAAA